AUGAGCUCGAAACUAACAUCGCAGUCUGACGCCAUCACCAUCAGAACCAGAAAGGUCAUCACCAACCCACUGUUGAACAGAAGACAAUUUGUCAUCGACGUCAUCCACCCAAACAGAGCCAACGUGUCCAAGGACGAGUUGAGAGACCAGCUGUCUGCUCUUUACAAAGUUGAGAAGGACUCUGUCUCUGUGUUUGGCUUCAGAACCGCUUUUGGUGGUGGAAAGUCCACCGGAUUCGGUCUCGUCUACAACUCUGUUGCCGACGCCAAGAAAUUCGAACCAGCUUACAGACUCGUCAGAUACGGUCUUGCCCAAAAGGUUGAGAAGGCCUCCAGACAACAAAGAAAACAGAAGAAGAACAGAGGCAAGAAGGUCUUUGGUACUGAGAGAAAGGCCCAGAAGAAGGCCGCCAAGAGAAAUGCUGAUUAG